AUGACCUCCCUCUUCGGUGCCAGCAGGAGCCCGACCAGCUCUCCCUCCUCUCCCGCAGAGGUGGCUGCUCGCCUUGAGUCCAUCAAGACCUCUAUUCGCAGCGAACUUGCCUUCCAAAAUGCACAAGAGCUCAUGACCAAAAUGCACGACAAGUGCUACUCCAAAUGCGUACCAAAACCUGGCAGUUCCCUUACCAGCUCAGAAGAGAAAUGUCUCACGCAAUGUAUGGACCGAUACCUCGAAGCCUUCAACAUCAUCACCAGAACCUACGUCACACGACUCAAGAAGGAGAAACUCGACAGCCAGGCUCCGUCGCUAUAG